AAUCACUGUUGAUGAGGGGAGUGGAACCUCAACCCAGCAUGUUAUUGUGAUAGAGUCUGCAGAUGCAGAGGCUGCAGGUCCUGGAGUCAAGCAGGAGAGAUCUGAAGGAGAAGAGGACCCACGGCACAGCAGAGACAUUCAGACUGGAGCGGCUGAAUCGCCCCCUGUAGCUACAGAGAACCCCACCACCGCCCCAGCGCAGCCCAGGACCCAACGCAGCAUCACGGCGAUCAGUGGAACGCCGGAGGUUAGUGGAACGCCGAACGUCGUCCUCAAGUCAGAAACAGACAUCGAGACUUUAACAGGACUGGGUCGACUGGGCUGUCCUCCUGCUCCCCGUUCAGAGCAUUUACUUUAUGGUAACUCGAGCCCGAAGCCGGUUCUGUCCCAUCAGGACCCAAGUGGCUCGUUAUAUACUGUCAAUGAUCCAUCCUGUUCAUACGCUACAGGGACAGAGAUGAUACCUAGUGACAUGCCUGUGGGCUUAGAGUUACACACUGAUCUGUCUAGAGGGGACUGGAACCGGUACAGUAGUAAUGUGUACUCUGAAGGGUCCCUAGAUAAGAAAGGGGAGGGUCUGGUCGUAGAUGAGGUGACUGUGAAAGUGGAGGGCGACGUUCCUCUGACAUGGAAUGCAGACGAGACUCAGUUAGGAGAAGGACACUCGCAGGGCAACACUAGUGACUUCUUAGACUACAGGGAAAGCUUAGAGACCAAUCUAAAUUUCGCAACCCACUCCCCUUUACAUGUGUUCAGGGAUCGUGACCCAGUGUCUACGUCAAUGGCACCCUCCGAUUCACAUGGCCGUGUCCUUUUCGAUCAGGUAUUGAACUCAAACGACAGGGCUAGAGCCCAGACUCAGGGAGGGGGAGCCACAUCAGGCAAUAGUAAAGAGAAACGGUUUCUCUGCAUGUUCUGUAACAAAGGCUUCAGCUGCCUCCAGAAAGUGGAGGUUCACCAGAGGAUCCACACAGGGGUAAAACCCUUCAGCUGUACCCAGUGUCACAUGCGCUUCGCCCAAGCUGGCACACUGAAGAGGCACCAGAGGGUCCACACAGGGGAGAAACCAUUCAGCUGUACCCAGUGUCACAUGCGCUUCGCCCAGGCUGGUGACCUGAAGAGGCAUCAGAGGGUCCACACGGGAGAGAGGCCCUUCACCUGUACGCACUGCAGGAAGAGGUUCUCAGAGAGGAGCUACCUCAGGAUGCACCAGCAGAAAAAACAUUCCACUCUAUAACAUAGGAAGUAAAAAUUCCACUCGAUAGCUUCUGACUUUUAGAUCAAACCCUGCAUUAAAGACAAAGAUGAAUUGUCAUUGUUGUCAGCAGAAAAGAUCCACAGAUGAAUAAAGAGAGUAACAGAUUUCAGUGUUGAAUAUUCCUGGGUAGAAUAUUUCAUUCAUACAUUGUGUGAUAUAUAUGCCUAAAAAGAUGGUUAAAUAUUGUGUUUGUACUAUGUAGGCAAUAUGAUGUUCAUAAAUGCCUAUUUCAUUGCUUCCGUUCAAUAAUUCAAUAACCCCCCCAAGACACUUGAAUGAAUGCAGUUUAUCAAGUUAAUGCAGAUUUUUUAAAAUGUUUGUGUGGUUUUCAUAUGGUGUAUUUAACACUUGUUUAUGUUUAAUAAACACAAAAUGUGACUUUUCAUUCUAAGACUUUCAUUGAGACUAUCUUUAGUUAGCAUCUAUAUACACUUACUAAAUAUAGCUACACAUACCC